UUAAUUAACCGGAAAUAUACUUUAAAAAUAAAUAUAUAAAUUUAAUCAGUUUUAUAAACAAGUGCAGUUUCUCUAUAAAGCAAUAUUAUUUCUCAAUAAUAAUCCCAAUUAUUACGAUUGUUAGAUAUAUCUUCGGUUUUAUUUAUGUCAUUGAUAAAUCAGCACGUGUCUAAAAUUUGGCGUUUGAUAUUAAAACAGACGAAUAUUCCGAAAACACUGAUAACAACAGAUAGCAGAAAAUUAUUUAAAUUGAUAGAUUGUAAUUUCGUAAAAUUUAUCUUGCUUAUUACUGACAAGUAGGGUGUAAAUAAUUUAUCCUGUAUUUACUCUUCACCUCGCAGUCAAGUCUGCUUUAAGAUCGGCGAGAGAUCCAUACUAGGACGGUAAGCGAGGAAUAAUAGUGGAGCUUUCACAAAAGAUUUAAUAUUCUUGCAAAUAUAAACGUCCGUCAGAACUUUUUUUCAAACAACAUUUGAAAGUCAGAUGCACAGAUCGUGAUAUUUGUGUAAGAUAAAGCUUGUCUCUCUCUCUAGUUCUCUUGCUGCAAGUUCUAAAACUAGAAGGAAUAAAAACGUCGUAGAGAACUUUUAGCAAAAUUGCUGAAUAAAAUCCGGUUAAAAAAUUUUAAUUCUAAAUCAAUGUUGAAUUUAACAACUAUUUAAAUUUUUCGAAGAAAUAUCAAUUCUAAAGUACGUCGCAAAAAUUAAAUUCAAUUAAAUUAUAUACAUAUUUGAAUCUCGCUAAUAUCAACCCACAAGCAAGGCCUUAUCAUGUUAGCGUUCGCCAUUCGCGGAAUAGUUCUACUCGGCGUGUUAAGCUGGUAUAGCACGACUGUAUGGAGGAUGAUCGAUGGUUACUUCAAGGACCAGUUUCGUAGCUACUUACAGGAUGAAUAUCGCCAGCAUCAGCGACUGAGAGUCGACGCCGAAAACACGAAGGUGGUCGAUCAGGGUCCGACCGAAUCGAGUCUGAAAUACACGGAGAUCGAUUCUGACACGACUUGUCCAACCGAUUUUAUAGAAACUCGUCAGCAGGUAAUAGGGACUUCCAGCGGAACGUUGGAAGAAACGGUGGCAGGUGGUACCGGCGAAAACGCGGCCGUCGUCGGCGCCACUGAUAAAAAUGCAUUCCCGGAGAACGCAUUUCCAGGUCAAUCAGAGCUGGAAAGUAGGAAAUCGUCGAGCGGCAGCGACGAAGAGCGGCGACCGAGUACGGUCGAUGAAAACGGCGAUCGUGAGAAAGACGAGAUCGAGGAAUUCUCCGCCUCGCGUCGCCUCGAGAAAUCACAUCGGCAUCGUCCCGGCAAGAAGAGAUUAUCGGAAGCCUCGAAGGAAAUAUCGCGGGAAAAGCCGAAGAAACGAAGAGUGAAGACGAUUGUUCUUACGGAUGCCGAUUUCGCCAGCGCGAGGAUCAGGAACGACGCGGACGACGAUUUCUCAGAGUUCGAGGAGGAAGAAGGUCAGAGUGUUCGCGAGGAUGGAAUUCUCGUAUCGGAGUUGCCGUUCAAGCCUAAAGCGGACAUCGGCGACUUGGACAGGGUUACUGCAGAAGAGUUUUGUCCUCUGACCUUGGAGGACGAGGCUUCCUGCGGAGAAAUCACCAUGUUGCCGUGACUCCGCUUGAUGCACGUCGUUGCGUCGUAGAAUUGAAAGUGUUAGAUUGGACGAGAAAAGUUAUGCGUUAACAGCGGGGUCUUUCGAGACCCCGUCGUUAACGUAUAGGGACAUGCUGAGAGGAGAGAAAUGAAAAACUGCGAUUAUUAUUAAAAUAAACCUGUUCAAUCAGUUUUACUAAAGACAUCGAUGAGAGAUGCGAUAUAAAGAUAUUUUAAAUGUUUAGGUUUUCAUUGGUGUAUGUUGCAACUCUUUUCAGUUCAAUUCGAUAAGAUAAAAUAAUAUGCAAUAUAAAAUCAUAUUAUUGAUAAA